AUGGAUCCCAUUACACGUGACUUGCCGUAUUCUGUCUCUCUCUCUCUCUCUACGUUACCCUAUCAGGUCAAACGAUCUGGUGCCAUGAUGGUUAUAAAACUCGGCAGGAUGCACCGUUGCCCACUCAGCUCGGACACGCUUCUCUGGUUGAGUGGUGUGAGGAAUGCCUCAGCAGUUGCACUAGACAUCAACAUAUGCGGCUCCCUCCUCACAAAAAGCUGCCAACGCGACGAGGCUUACAAACAAAUGGCAGCGCUGCUAGCCACUGCUCUGGUCCUCUUCAUUAUAAGUACUAUUUUCGCCUUCAUCUCUAUUUUUAAUAAGAAGUGCUGGGUUUGCAUCAGUGAGUUUAUCACAGCCGUCGCCGGUGGCACACUACUGCUCACUGCACUGUGCAUCUACUACCAAGGGAAACAAUUCUGGGCACCGCUGGUGGCUGGCAUUGCAAUGACAUCAGGGAUGCAGACUUCUGUCUUUAUGCUCAUCGACAUGAUAGCCUAG